AACUAAACCCCGAAUCACUUUGGUUAACCGGACGAGCUAGGCUGCUGCUGCAUUCCUAGUGAAUCCAAAAAACCCUACCACUCAAAUCACUUCGCUCUUUCUCUCUUCUCGAUCGACGCGAUAAGAGUUCUUCAGGUUGAAGCCUGUGUCGUUAACUUGAGUUGGGGAAUUGAUGGCGUCCAAGCUGGCUCAGUUGCAAUCCAAGGCGACUCAGGCUUCGCAGUUUGUGGCAAAGCAUGGAACUGCUUAUUAUAAGCAGCUUUUGGAGCAGAAUAACCAGUACAUCCAGGUGCCCCCAACUGUUGAGAAGUGCAAUCUUUUGUCCAAACAAUUGUUUUACACUCGUCUUGCCAGUAUACCUGGACGUUAUGAAGCGUUCUGGAAGGAGCUUGAUUAUGUGAAGCACCUUUGGAAGAACAGGCAGGAGCUGAAGGUGGAAGAUGCUGGAAUUGCAGCUCUGUUUGGGUUGGAAUGCUUUGCCUGGUUUUGUGCUGGUGAAAUUGUAGGUCGAGGAUUCACUUUCACUGGCUACUAUGUUUGAAGUGCUGAUGAGUUGUGAAGAAAUUGCAAAUUGGAGUUGAACUAGUCGAUCUCCUUGUCAGUUAAUUUUUGUUAUCGUGGAAAUCUUUUUUUUUUUUUUUGGUCAAUUCGUCACAACAUAUAAGCUUAAGUGUUAUAUCGAAUCUCAAGUAGAGGAAUACAAUCGCCUAAUAAUUGAUCGGCUUCCUUUUAGUAUUUUGUUUCCGAGUUGUAUCGGUAUAAAACGCACUGGAAGGUUGGAAUAUUCUCCAUUUUCGUUAAUGCUAUUGGCAAGUAUAGUUCACCGUUCAA